AUGUCAACCUCCUGGGACCCCAGGCUGGAGUUGGAUGUCCCCAAGGUCUCUAGCAUGACUAGUGCUGGGACCUGCCUUUGUGACGUGGCCGGCAGCCGCAGUCUUAUAGCUAAUACCUGGGUGAGUGAGGUUCAGAGCCAGUGGCCCCGCGGAAGCGGGAGCGGGGUCAUGGCUGAAGGGGGUGAGCCCAUGGACGAAUCCCACGGUACUGAAGUUAAAACCCAGCAGCCCACGGAAAGAGUCCUCGCGGGACCGCUGAGGCGGGGCUCGGGCUCCGUGCUCAAGGUGUCCCAGCUAUUGCUCCGCGCCAUCGCCGGGCACAAAAGGCUGACCCUAGCGGCUCUCAAGAAAGAGUUUGGAAAUGCGGGCUACGAGGUGCGCAGGAAGUGCGGCCGCCUCUUGGGCGAAGGGUCCAGGUCUGAAGGGAAGGGCCUUCUCCUCCGGGUGAGCGGUAGCGAAGCCGCCGGCUGCUUCAGGAUCUGGAAGGUUCCUAAGCCGAAGAGAAAGCCACGACGCCCAAGGCUGGAGGAGGGCGUGCGCUCGCCGAGGACCCCUCUCCGGGCGCGGAACUCGCGCAGGCGCUCUGCGCGCGGGACGGUGGCCAGGAAGGCAUGGAAGGGGCGCUUGAGGGCCGACUGGAGGAAGGUGAGGUCAAGGGCCAAGGACCUGGUGAGUUCCAGAACCAAGGAGAAGGGGAGGGCCACGAAGGAAGACAUCAGGCCCAGAUCCCGAAAUGAGAAGAGGCCAAGCUCCAAGGCUAGGGAAGAAAAGAAGCAGGACCCGGAGAAGCCGGUGAAACGGACCGUCCAGAGGCCAACUUCUGCUAAAACCGACCGGACUUCGCCUGGGCAGGCGAAGACGUGCGACUCGAGGGCUACUCGCACCAAGACUUCUGCUAAAGCUGAAGGUGCUCGGAGCGCCACCGGGAGUCCAUAG